AUGCAUGAUAUUUGCAAUUAUGAUGAAUACUUUGUUCAAAAGAAAAAUUGUGCUGGAAAUUUGGGGCUUCUUCCCGAGCAAAAGUUCACAGUUGUGAUACGAAUGCUGGCAUAUGAGUCAUCUACUAAUCAGGUGGAUGAGAUUGCCCGGAUGGGGAAGUCCAUUAUUUUGGAAAGCUUGGUGCGAUUUUGUGAUGCAGUGGAAACUCUGUACACCAGGGACUACCUGCGCAGACCUACGCCCAAGGACCUGCAACGGCUUCUACAAAAAGCUGAGUCUCGUGGAUUUCCUGGAAUGAUUGGGCAGAAAUCGAUCAUACUUGAAGCAAUUGCUGAUUUUGAUACAUGGGUUUGGCACGCCUUCUUCAAAAUUGCCAGAUCUCAAAAUAAUUUGAACGUCCUAGGUCAAUCUCCGAUGUUCAAUGAUGUUUUGAGAGGUGAAGCCCUAAAUAUCACAUAUGAAGUCAACAAUACCGUCUACCAGAACGGGUAUUAUCUAGCUGAUGGCAUCUACCCCGAGGGGUACAGAAAAGAUGUGGAGAGGUGCUUUGGUAUCAUUCAAGCCCAGGGGACUAUUAUCAGGGGCGCGAUGGAUCUAUUUGACGAGGAGGUGCUUAGGAGUAUAAUGAUGACUUCUAUCAUCCUCCACAACUUGAUUGUGGAAGAUGAGUAUGAUUACGAUGUUGAUGAAGUGUAUGAACUAGAUCCCAUGAACACAGCCUUAACACGAAUUUAUGAAAAACCCAUGGGGCCAAAUGGAGAACCAAUGCAGCAUGAACCGUUGGUUAGAGACGGUAGUUUCAUGCCCCAUAUGAUUGAUUGCUACACGGAGAUGCAAUCGUUGUAUAUUCAUAAACGCCGUCAAGUUGACUUGAUGGAGCAUUUAUGGGCGGUCAAAGGCAAUGAAGAUGAAUGA